AAUGUGGACGUGGCCCGUUCAGGAGGUUCGAUUUUAGGGUUUACUCACACUGUUAUUGUUGCUAGGCUUCACCCCAUUCAAAAUGGGGAACAGAGCAGAAGCCUCAGGCUUUAGUGGGCUCCUCAUUUUCCACCAAUUUUAUGUCCAUGGACGUCAGCGAUUGGAGCCAUGGAAGGGCCAACAGAGGACAUUUACUGGGAUGUUAACGAGUUACCAUUCAUUUUGGUUCCUUAUCCCUUCAUCUCAGAGCAGGAGUCAAGGGUUCCGAGGAACCAAAUUCUUCCUCUGGUUCCUGUCAGCCUCAGGACACCUCCCUUAGUGUGAAUUUAGUGAGCCCCCUCCCCCCUCAGGAAGCUGUUAGAACCCCAAAGUCAAAAAGCAUUAUCAGACAUCGGUUCUCUGGCUGUUAGAUUUUUUGAGGGUCACCUCAAAGCAAAAUACAAAGAUAGAACCUGAGAUAGGCAGGCCUGGCUGAAUUUGGAGUCAGACACUGCUUUUAAUUCUAUUUUAAUUUUCUCUUAAUACAGUGUUCCAUUUGCAUUCAGGUAGAUGAAUGCGAUGGGAGAUGGAGUAUAGGAUGCAGUAGUUGUAGUCCCAGUAAAGGUCUUUGCUACAUAGCGAACAGUUAGUGAAUGUAUGCAAACCACACUUGUCUCAAAAGACUGGUGUGGGUGGAGAAACAGUUUGCAAGGAAGAGGAGGAAGAGAGGAACCGCAAGGACACUCCCAGAGGGUGGGAAGAGCAACACAAUCUGGAUGUGUGGAUGACAGCAGGUGAAGGAACCAGGGGGCGAAGUGACUAGUCUCAAGUUUAAGAGCAUUUGAACUUAGUUUGGAGAAAUGACAUUUGAGAGAGCAGGGCUACAUGGUGAGAUUAUCGAGGCAUUAUAAGCACCAAAUUAUUAAUCAGUUCCUUAGAAUUUGGGUGAUCUUAUCAUAUCGAAACACGUGAAAAGUCUUGUUUUUCCAGAAUGGAAUUGUAUACAUAAUUUCCUUCUGACUACAAAAGUAUGAAGGUUUGCUAUUUAAAACACACACACACACACACACACACACACACACACACACACAACCAAACAGAAAUGUAUAAGGUAGAAUGAAACCUCAAGGGGGAUUGUCAGCCCCCUUCCACUGUGAAGCCACUUGUGACUGCACUCGUCCAGGCUACACUUUGGUAAGAAAUCAAAGUGAAUGACUCCUUAACAUUCCCAGAACUGCCCUUCUCCUGGCCCCUUCCAUGACUCCAAAUGCUGGCUUUCACAGCCUUUUUAAAGGAGCCUCUAAUCAACUCUUUCAUACAGCAAGGAUCCCUUGUAACGAACCUAGUCAGCUCUCCAUCCCCCCAGUUUAUCUGACCUGUAAAUUUAGAUUUUUUUAAAUUAGGUUAUCUGGAGGAGGUACACCUAAAACCUGGUGACCUUCCAGAACGUACGGAAGGGUUCUCUCCCGCACCUGCACUGUUUUCACGGUUCUAGUGGGCUGUCUGGACAUGGCAUUGUCCUUCUGCGAAGAUGAGAGUUCAUGAACGGCAUUGUGGGCAGUAAGUUUGGUGCCAGGAACCAAGAGCCAGUGAGCUGAAUUAAUCGUCCCAACCUUUCGGGGGUUGCUGUGAGUCUCUGGGAAAGGUCCCUCCAACUGCCAGCCCAGGUGGAGGCACACCUGGAAGCCAUUUUCAAGAACCUUUGCCACAGGUGUAAAAGACUCCAGGCCUGAGAAGAUGCUGAAACAGAUACUGUCGGAGAUGUACAUAGAUCCUGAUCUGCUGGCAGAGCUCAGCGAAGAACAGAAACAGAUCCUGUUCUUCAAGAUGAGAGAGGAACAGAUCCGCCGAUGGAAAGAAAGAGAAGCAGCGAUGGAAAAAAAGGAGUCCCUGCCAGUGAAAUCCAGACCAAAGAAAGAGAACAGCAAAUCUGUUCAUUGGAAACUGGGAGCCGAUAAGGAAGUCUGGGUGUGGGUGAUGGGCGAACACCAUCUAGACAAACCCUACAAUGUGCCCUGUAAUGAAGUCGUUGCUGAGAGCACCCAGCCCAAAGCACAGCAGGAAGCGGAAGAGCUCAGCAAAGCUCAGUCCAAACAUUUCACCAGUAGCUUGACCACAAAAUCACACGACUGUGAUCUGCAAACACCAGGUACCUGGGAGUCUCCGAACAUCUGUAAGAAAGUGGCAGGACAGGAGGAAUCGGACCCAGGCUCGAGACCAGCACCGACCCUUAAAGAAGAGAAAACCCCAUCACCUUCCAGUUCCUCAAGAAAUAUUCAACAAAUGUUGGCAGAUUCUAUCAAUCGUAUGAAGGCAUAUGGAUUUCACCAGAAGAAAGAAUCCACGAAGAAAACACAAGAUGAAGAAAUAAAACAAGUAGAUGAAGAAAGAACCAAGCAGAUUUAUAAGAGCUGGAAGGAAGAUUCGGAGUGGCAGGCAUCUUUGCGAAAAUCCAAAGCAGCUGAUGAGAAGAGACGCUCCUUGGCUAAGCAGGCACGGGAAGACUACAAGAGGUUAUCCCAGAACGGAAGGAGCAGUGAGGGACUGCAGAGCCCCUCCAGUGUCCCUCUGAAACCAAAGAGACCCCCCCUUCCACCCAAGCCAAAAUUCCUGAACCCAGCGGAAUACCCUCCCAAGCCUUUCAGAAAUCAGGCAGUGACAAGGACAGCACCCAGCGCUGCCCAGGAGGACAUCAUCCGAUGGUUUAAGGAGGAGCAGCUGCCCCUGCGAGCUGGCUACGAGAAGACCUCCGACACCAUAGCCCCCUGGUUCCACGGAAUUCUCACACUAACGAGAGCAAAUGAACUACUGAGCACAUGCGUGCCGGGCAGCUUCCUGAUCCGAGUCAGUGAAAGGAUCAAGGGCUAUGCCCUGUCCUACCUGUCUGAGGACGGCUGCAAACACUUCCUCAUUGAUGCCUCCACCGACUCCUACAGCUUCCUGGGCGCGGACCAGCUGCAGCACGCCACCCUGGCAGAGCUGGUGGAGUAUCACAGGGAGGAACCCAUAACCUCCCUGGGGCAGGAGCGCCUCCUGUACCCCUGCGGUCAGCGGGACCAGCCUCCCGACUACCUGGAGCUCUUUGAGUGACAGCCCCCACGUGUCAUCCUGCAGCCCCCGGCUGGGCUUUCCUGUGGACAGACACGGCUGAAAUGGACGUCUGUGCGUGAAGCCAAAAUGACCCUGCCGCAGAGCCAGUACUGACCAGCCAACAGUACCCUUGGGGUCCUACAGAAAUCCCUCUUCUGCACGAACGCCGGAGUUUGAUGUUAGAGGAGAUCACCUCUGCACCGUAUGCACUCCGAACGUGAAGGGAGAUCCCCCAUUUCAGCAACUGCCUAACAUGAAGGAUACACCCUCCAUGAUGUAUAUAAGACAAAGUGAACAAAGAAGAAAUUGGAGCCUUUUAGGAAUGAAAGUGUUCUUUAAAAACCAGUAGCUCAUGGGAACUCUUUCAUGAUCUCCACACUCUCCUUUUGCAUCAUCUCAAAAAGCCUCAGGGCCUGUUUAUAUGAAGUGACAUGCUGGCUUUAUUGACAGCUGAGAUGACUCUCCAAACACACUUCACUUAUUGUGCACAUUGGAGCCAGGAUGUAAGAGACAUAGGAAAACAAAGUCGGGCAUGUAAGUUGAAUAUGUUUAAAGUAUAGGGUGAGGGGCUUAACAGGGACAAAAACACCGUGGACUAGGAGAGCGAGCUGGUGUCUGUGAGUGUCCUCAUCCCAGAGAGCCAGGACACGGUGCCCGUCUACCUUGGCUCUACCCAGAGUGCACCAGCGAUGGAGUCUGUGCACACGUGAGGUCCUACGUGUUAGUGGUGACUGACAUGAACACAAUAGUGAGCUGUGUGAAUGCUACUUCUUGUGGGUUGAACUGUGUCCCCCAAAAGAUAUUUUGAAGUCCUAGCCCCUCCAUAUCUGUGAAUGUGACCUUAUGUGGACAUGGGGUCUUUGCAGAGGUAAGCCAGUUGAGGUCAUCCUGGACUAGGAUGGGCCCCAUAAUCAAUGCCAGGCAUCUUUAUAAAGAGAGAGGGAUCUGGGAACAGAGGCAUGCAGAGAGAAGGCCCCGAGAUGACAGCAGAGACGGGAGUGAUGCAGUUACAACCCAGGGAUGCCAAGGACCACUGGCAACCACCAGGAGCUAGGAGAGCAGCAUGGACAGGCCUUAGAAGGGGACGUCGCCCCGCCGACACCUUGAUUUCAGACUUCUAUCCUCCAGAACUAUGACAGAACAAAUUUCUGUUGUCUUAAGCCACUGAGUUUAUGGUAGUUUUUAUGGCACCCCUAGAAAACCAAUACAGACAUUUAUGUAAUUACGGAACCGGAUGUGCAUUAUGUACCAUACAAAUGGGAGAUGUACAACUGCAGACAGGCACCCCGCCCUCCUCCUAAUGAAGGGAAAACAGGAGAUGAGAAGAACCUCCCAUUGGCUCUGCUUAGCUCAGGACGAAGAAUUGCUCAGUCAGGAAUCUUCUGCCCCACUGCACCCCACCCCACCCCCAGCCUCCAUCAGGGGGGAGGCCUGACCGAGGAGGCUCGGAGUCACCGAGAUCAUUCUCUGGGUAGAUGGAGAUCUACUCAGACUUCAGGCCCGGCUCCCCGCAUCAGCGUUGUUUUAAAGGAAGCAGACGGUGGUGGCCAUUUGUUCCUGAGGUGGUUGGUUGUAUAAAGCGCUCGCUGGCAGUGUAAAAUGCAACCCGUAAAGAGGGCUCCCUCUUCCGAACGUGAAGGGAGAUCCCCCAUUUCAGCAACUGCCUAACAUGAAGGAUACACCCUCCAUGAUGUAUAUAAGACAAAGUGAACAAAGAAGAAAUUGGAGCCUUUUAGGAAUGAAGGUGUUCUUUAAAAACCAGUAGCUCAUGGUUCACAUCUCCACCCAUGCACACUCGCACAUAUAUAUGUGCCUGUCUGUGCAUAUAUAUGUGCGAGUGUGCAUGGGUGGAGAUGUGUACUUUAAUGAGGAAGUGUUUAAACACAGAGAGUUGCUAUGUGUUUCACAUCUCCACCCAUGCACACUCGCACAUAUAUAUGUGCCUGUCUAUGCAUAUAUAUGUGCGAGUGUGCAUGGGUGGAGAUGUGUACUUUAAUGAGGAAGUGUUUAAACACAGAGAGUUGCUAUGUGUUUCUUGAAAUGCUGCAUGUGUUUUCUAUUGUCUGAGAGACAACUGUCAAUUAGUGUCAAGAGCGUCUCUCCGCUUCCUCUCUGUGACUCAGCGACCAUGACGUGAGAGAAUUGCAGAGAUGAUGCCGGGCUGGAAGCCAGGAACGUCUGUUCCCGCCUCUUCCCACCAUGAGCUCUGUGGUCGGGAUAGGUCCCCUUACCUCUCUGAACCUCACCUUUCACUUCUAAUGAAAUAAAACAAGGGAUUUUAACUAGA